AUGCGUGGCAAUAUAUCACCACCUCUGCCAGAGUUGGAAAAUGCUAAUUUUAAUAAUGAAGAUUCAUCUUUUCCACCACCACCGCCGCCUGGUUUUGAACAAGAGGAUACGAAUGACGAAGAUAUACCACCACCACCUCCUCCUCCUGGUUUUGAACAAGAAGAUGUGAAUGACGAAGAUAUACCACCACCACCUCCUCCUCCUGGUUUUGAACAAGAAGACGUGAAUGAUGAAGAUAUACCACCACCCCCACCACCACCAAUGUUCGAAGAGGAAGAUAUCACUAUUCGUUUUAAUAACUUACCAUCUUCUUCAGCCCUUGAAGCUCAAAAGAUUAUCAGUAAAAAUACUUCCCAGUCACUGCUUAAAGUAGAAGAAAACAAUACAAGAAAAUUUAAAACUUUUCCUCCACCAGGUUUUGAAGAAAACCUACCUUUAGGAUCCAAGAGAAAAAAUAAUACUAAUGAAACCUCAAAAGAACAACCUUCAACAAAAAAAAGAAAACUUUUUUUGGAAAAUGAAUUGAAUAAAUCUAAAAAAGAUUGGUUAACAUUACAAAAACAAAGAUUUAGAAAAGACCUACAAAAUAAAGGUAUGAAAACACCUAUGAAGAAACAAGGGAAAGUCAUUCCCCAGAAAGUUGAUCUUCCUAAAGAGCAUUUAAGAAAGAUUUUUAAUAGUCACAUAAAUAUGUCUGGAAAGAGGUUUAAUAACGACAAGACUAUCCAUUUAGCGGCUUUGAAAUAUAUGCCUCAUGCUGUUUUAAAAUUACUUGAAAAUAUGCCACAGCCAUGGGAAAAUCAAAAGGAGGUACGUGUCUUGUAUCAUAUAACAGGGGCUAUUACAUUUGUGAACGAGAUACCAAGGGUUAUUGAGCCAGUAUAUGUUGCCCAGUGGUCUACUAUGUGGAUAGCAAUGAGAAGAGAAAAAAGAGAUAGACAACAUUUUAAAAGAAUUAGAUUACCCACCUUUGAUGAUGAUGAACCACCAAUUUUGUAUGAAGAGUCAAUCGAACCUUUGGAAGUUCCAGAACCCAUUUUUUUAGAAUUGGAUCCAGAAGACGAUAGGCUAGUUAGCAAUUGGCUAUAUGAUAGCAAACCAUUGGUGGAAAAUAGGGUAAAAGUUAAUGGUUCAUCCUAUAAACGUUGGAAGCUUGAUAUACCAACAUUGGCGAAUUUGUAUAGAUUAGCUACUCCCUUGGUUAACCAGGUAAAUGACCCUAAUUAUUAUUACUUAUUCGAUAAAAAGUCCUUUAUGACUUCAAAGGCGAUUAAUAACGCUCUUCCCGGUGGUCCAAAGUUUGAACCGUUAUUUCCUCAUGAAGAUGAUAUAGAUAACGAAGAUUUUACUGAGUUUAACAGCAUUGAUCGUCUCAUAUUUCGUAAUAAGAUAAGAACCGAAUAUAAAAUUGCGUAUCCGCAAUUAUAUAUCCCGAGACCACGAAAAGUUGAGGUUAUCAAAUCUGGGAACCCAAUAUUAUGUCUAGUAGAAAAUGAUGGAAUGGAUUUUUUCAGUUAUGACAAUCAGCUUUUGAGUGCUAUCAACUUUAAAAAAUCGGAAAAGACACAAAGAGAACUUUUACGUAGGAAGGAUGAUUUUGAAUUGUUUCAAGGUUUCAAACCCUUGUUGUGUGACGAAAGUUUAGAAUUGCCCAAUUUGGAUGAUGCAGUUUCAUUGUAUCAUGCACCCUUCCCAUUUAACCGAAAAAGUGGGCACAUGAUAAGGGCCGAGGAUGCAACGUUGAUGAAACAUUGGUAUUUACAGCACCCAGACGAAGAUGACUAUCCGCUAAAAGUGAAAGUUUCAUAUCAGAAACUGUUGAAGAAUUACGUUUUAACCGAAUUACACUCGAAAAAGCCCAUGGCACAAAAAAAAAUCAAAUUGUUAAAGCGUUUGAGAAAUACUAAAUAUUUCCAGCAAACUAAAAUUGAUUGGGUUGAAGCAGGAUUACAAGUAAUUAGACAAGGUCACAACAUGUUAAAUCUAUUGAUACAUCGUAAAGGAUUAACUUACUUGCAUUUGGAUUAUAAUUUCAAUUUGAAGCCAACCAAAACUUUGACUACAAAGGAACGUAAAAAAUCAAGAUUCGGUCAUGCAUUCCAUCUAAUGAGAGAAAUUCUAAAGAUUACUAAAUUGCUAGUUGAUGUUCAAGUUCAAUAUAGGUUGGACCAAAUUGAUGCAUACCAACUGGCAGAUGGUAUUUAUUAUAUUUUGAAUCAUUUGGGUCAUUUAACGGGUAUUUAUCGUUACAAAUAUAAAAUCAUGCACCAGAUUAGGGCAUGCAAAGACUUGAAGCAUGUUAUUUAUUAUAGAUUCAAUAAAAUAAUCGGUAAGGGGCCGGGAUGCGGUUUUUGGCAGCCAGCAUGGAAAGUUUUGGUGUUUUUUUUGAGAGGUACGACCCCCUUAUUGGAAAGAUGGCUAAGUAAUUUAUUAAGCAGACAAUUUGAAGGUCGUUCUAACGAGGUAGCAAAGACUACCACAAAACAGAGAGUGGACGCCUACUAUGAUCUAGAGUUAAGAGCUUCUGUUAUGAAUGAUAUAUUGGAUAUGAUCCCGCAGGAUUUAAGACAGAGCAAGGCGAAAACAAUUUUACAACAUUUGGGUGAGGCAUGGAGAUGUUGGAAGGCAAAUAUACCUUGGGAUGUUCCUGGAAUGCCCGUUCCAAUUAAAAAUAUCAUUGAGAGAUAUGUGAAAUCUAAAGCGGAUGGUUGGAUCUCGGGUGCUCAUAAAAAUAGAGAACGGAUAAAGAAAGGUGAGCAUGUUGAAAAAAAUGUAAUACGUAAAAAUUUGGGCAGAUUAACCAGAUUAUGGGUUAGAAAUGAACAAGAACGUCAAGAGGAAAUGCAACAUAAUGGACCAUAUAUUUCACCAGAAGAAGCCACAGCAAUAUUUUCUACUAUGGUUGAUUGGCUAUCUUCACGAGAUUUUUCACCAAUUCCUUUCCCGCCUUUAAACUAUAAGCAUGAUAAUAAAAUCUUGGUAUUGGCGUUGGAAAAUUUAAAACAGGCUUACGAAAAUAAAAGCAGGUUGGUUCAGUCAGAAAGGGAAGAGCUUGCAUUGAUCGAACAGGCUUAUGAUAAUCCACAUGAGACUUUGAAUAGGAUAAAGAAGUAUUUACUUACACAACGGUCUUUUAAGCCUGUGCAAGUGAGUAUGAUGGAUUAUUAUCAAUAUAUUCAACCACUUUACACCAUUGACCCCAUUGAAAAAAUUACAGACGCAUAUUUAGAUCAGUAUCUAUGGUUUGAGGCUGAUAAAAGACAGUUGUUCCCAAAUUGGAUCAAACCCAGCGAUUCUGAGAUUCCUCAAUUGUUGGUUUAUAAGUGGUGUCAAGGUAUUAACAACUUGCACGAUAUAUGGAAUGUCUCUGAUGGUCAAUCUACAGUUUUGCUAGAGACUAGCUUACAGCAACUUACUGAAAAUAUUGACUUCACUUUAUUAAACCGUUUGCUAAGAUUGAUAAUGGACCCUAAUAUGGCAGAUUAUAUAACUGCGAAAAAUAAUGUCAAGAUAAACUUCAAAGAUAUGAGUUACGUUAAUAAGUAUGGUCUAAUUCGAGGCCUUUUUUUUGCAACAUUUAUCUAUCAGUACUAUGGUUUGAUGGUUGAUCUAUUGUUAUUAGGUCCAGAUAGAGCACAUGAAUUGGCAGGAGGUGUGGAUUCGCCUAAUGAAUUUUUAGCGUACGAAAACCUAAACACCGAGAUUAAACAUCCGAUAAGACUCUAUUGUCGUUAUUUUGACAAAAUACACAUUGUUUUCCGCUUAAGCGAAUUGGAUUCAGAGGAUUUGAUUAAGGAUUACUUGUUGGAAAAUCCAGAUCCAAAUUUUGAAAAUGCGGUUGGUUAUAACAAUAAGACGUGUUGGCCACGUGACUGUCGUAUGAGAUUAAUGAGGCGAGAUGUAAACUUAGGCAGGGCUUUAUUUUGGGAAUUCUCCUCGAGGUUGCCGACUUCAAUAGCCACUGUUAAAUGGGAGGAUUCGUUUGUUUCUGUUUACAGUAAAAAUAACCCCAAUUUGCUAUUUUCUAUGUGUGGCUUUGAAGUUAGAAUACUUCCAAAGAGCAGGGUCAUUGAAUCUAAGUCUUAUGACGAAGGUGUAUGGGAUUUAAUCAACUUUAACACCAAAGAAAGGACUGCCAAAGCUUUUUUGAGAGUUUCAGAUGAGGAAAUAACUAAAUUUGACACAAGGAUUCGUAUUUUAGUAAUGUCAGCUGGCUCCAAUACGUUUACUAAGAUUGCAGGUAGAUGGAAUUUGGCGUUGAUAGCAUUGUUUACCUAUUUUAGGGAGGCUAUUGUUGCCACAACCUCUCUUUUGGAUAUUUUGGUGAAAGCGGAAACAAGGGUGCAAAACCAUGUUAAGUUAGGGUUAAACUCCAAAAUGCCGACACGUUUCCCUCCAGUUGUAUUUUACGCUCCCAAAGAAUUGGGUGGUUUGGGUAUGCUAAGUGCUUCACACAUUUUGAUUCCUGCUACUGAUUUAACGUGGUCUAAACAAACAGAUACAGGCAUAACUCAUUUCAGGGCUGGUAUGUCACAUACGGAUGAAAAAUAUAUCCCCACUUUAUUUAGAUACAUCACUUCGUGGGAAAAUGAGUUUUUAGAUUCACAACGAGUGUGGUCCGAUUAUGCUGCAAAGAGGAAAGAAGCCCUUCGAGAAAAUAGAAGAUUGGCCUUUGAAGAGUUAGAAGAUUCCUGGGAUCGAGGUAUACCACGUAUCAGCACCUUAUUUCAAAAAGAUAGGCACACUUUGGCGUAUGAUAAGGGGUAUAGGGCCCGUACUGAAUUCAAAAAUUAUCGUUUGGAGCAUUCAAACUCUUUUUGGUGGACUGUUGCUAACCAUGAUGGCAAAUUAUGGAACUUGAACAGUUAUCGUACGGAUGUUAUUCAGGCACUUGGUGGGAUUGAAACUAUUCUAGAGCACACGUUGUUCAAAGGUACUGGAUUUACGUCCUGGGAGGGGUUGUUUUGGGAAAAGGCAUCUGGAUUUGAGGAUUCUAUGCAGUUUAAAAAAUUGACAAAUGCGCAAAGAACUGGUUUAAGUCAAAUUCCGAAUCGACGCUUUACUUUAUGGUGGUCACCUACAAUUAACAGGGCCAAUGUUUAUGUUGGAUUUUUGGUUCAGUUGGAUUUGACUGGUAUAUUUUUGCAUGGUAAGAUCCCAACAUUGAAAAUUUCAUUAAUUCAAAUUUUCCGGGCCCAUUUAUGGCAAAAGAUCCAUGAGAGUAUUGUUUUCGAUUUAUGCCAAAUUUUGGAUGGACAAAUGGAUGUUUUGGGGAUAGAAGAAGUCAAGAAAGAGGUUAUUCAUCCACGUAAAUCGUACAAGAUGAAUUCUUCAGCCGCUGAUAUUACCCUAAAUAGUACAAGCAUGUGGAGUGUUUCCAAACCAUCACUAUUAAAUGAAAGUCACGAUGAGUUUAAUGAAAUUGAAUCGGACAAGUUAUGGAUUGAUGUUCAGUUGAGAUAUGGAGAUUACGAUUCGCACGAUAUAUCGCGAUAUGUUCGUUCCAAAUUUUUAGAUUACACUACUGACAAUGUUAGUAUGUAUCCAUCGCCUGCCGGUGUUAUGAUUGGUAUUGAUUUGGCAUAUAAUAUGUAUGAUGCCUAUGGUAAUUGGUCUAAAGGAUUAAAGCCAGUAGUUCAAAAUAGUAUGGCUACGAUUAUGCGUGCAAAUCCAUCGUUGUAUGUAUUGAGAGAACGUAUUCGUAAGGGGCUACAAAUUUAUCAAUCUCAAAUACAAGAGCCGUAUUUGAAUUCGUCAAACUAUGCUGAGUUGUUUAAUGAUGAUAUCAAACUAUUUAUUGAUGACACCAACGUUUAUCGUGUUACAGUGCAUAAGACAUAUGAGGGGAAUGUUGCCACCAAACCGAUUAAUGGGUGUGUUUUUAUCUUAAAUCCUAGGAGCGGGCAAUUAUUCAUGAAAAUUAUUCACAAAUCGGUAUGGGCUGGGCAAAAGAGAUUGGGUCAAUUAGCUAAGUGGAAGACUGCAGAAGAAGUUACUGCGUUGAUCAGAUCUUUACCGAAAGAAGAACAACCCAAGCAGAUUAUUGUUACUCGUAAGGCUAUGAUGGAUCCAUUAGAGGUUCACUUAUUGGACUUUCCGAAUAUCUCACUCAGACCUUCCGAGUUAAGGUUGCCAUUUGCUGCUGCCAUGUCUAUUGAUAAAUUAUCAGAUGUUGUUUUAAAAGCUACCGAGCCACAAAUGGUGCUGUUUAAUAUGUAUGAUGAUUGGAUGGAUAGUAUUUCUUCUUAUACAGCAUUUUCUAGGUUGAUCUUAUUACUAAGAGGCUUGAAAACUAACGAAGAAAGAGCCAAAUACAUUUUAUAUAAGGACCCAACAAUUACUAUAAGACCGCACCAUUUAUGGCCCUCGUUUUCUGAUGAACAAUGGAUUGAGGUUGAAUCCAACAUGAGAGACUUAAUUUUGGAGGAAUACAGCAACAAGUACAAUGUUAAUAUAUCCUCUUUGACCCAAACAGAAAUUAAAGAUCUAAUUUUGGGUCAAAAUAUUAAGGCACCAUCAGUAAGGAGACAGAAGAUAUUAGAGUUGCAAGAGGCCAAGCAGAAAUUGGAUGAACAAACCAUGGCUGUUGCAGAUACCGCGAUGAAAACGAAAAGUGUUAAUGCACAAGGUGAAGAGAUUGUGGUUGUUGCUUCUUCGAACUAUGAAACACAAACAUUUUCUUCAAAGAAUGAAUGGAGGGCACGUGCUAUUUCAAAUUCGUUGUUAUCUUUAAGGUUGAAAAAUAUUUUUGUUUCAUCAACAACAUUUGUCGAUCAAAAGAACGUUUAUAUUUUGCCUAAAAAUUUAUUGAGCAAAUUUAUAGAAAUAUCAGAUUCUAGAUCACAAAUUGCUGGUUUACUUUACGGCUUGUCGCCCUCCCCCGAACAAAAUAUGAUUAAGGAGAUAAGAACUAUAGUUAUGCUACCUCAAAUAGGAAAUGAAUUGUCUGUUAAUGUGUCCAGGAAAUUGCCAACAAAAUCAAGGGUCCUUGAAGGAAUGGAGUUGCUAGGUUGGGUACACACGCAAUUUAGUGAAUUUAAGUUUAUGACUCCCUCUGAGAUUUCUACUCAUUCUCAGCUUUUCAGUAGUGGUGGUACUGGUGGUUGUAUUGAUCUUUCUAUUUUUUCCACUUCUGGUAGCUUGUCGUUGUCUGCUUAUACUUUAUCUGAAAAGGGGUUUGAGUGGGGAUUACAAAAUAAAGCUAUACAUGAUACUGAUCCAGAUGGAUUUGAGCCAAGUUACAGCCAGUAUGCUCAAUUGUUGUUAUCCGACCGUAUUAUUGGUAAUUUUGUGGUUCCUGACAAUGAGUUAUGGAACUAUGCUUUUAUGGGGUCGAAUUUCAAUCCGGACGUGAAAUAUAAUUUAAAAAUUGAUGUUCCAAUAGGUUUUUAUGCUGAAUUACAUCGUGCUAUUCAUUUUACUCAAUUCAAUGAAUUUGUUGGUGAUGAUUUAGAGGCCAACCAAGAAGAUUUGUUUGAUUAG